AUGCUUGCCUCUGAUCCAAGUGACACUUUCCCACGCGACCCGCUGCCUCUGGUGACGACGUCCGAGAGUGGAAUCCAGGGCGAGGAUGACCAGACCACGUCGCAGGACGCAUACGGACUCAGUGGCGGAUUGGCCUCGUCCGAUUCGCGCAUGUGGUCUGGCUUCCUGCUGAGGCUGCGCGAAGCCUUUGGAGUUGACUCCCAGCCGGGUGAGGCCGACUUGAGGUUGAAUCUCCCAAGCGGCAUCCCAUCGAAGCCAGCGAACAUGUCUCGCGCCGAGCGCCAGCGACUUCAGCAUGCAGUUGCCAAUUUCCCGCCAUGGCCGAUUGCUAGGUUCCUUCUUAACGUCUGCAUCGAGCACGGAACGGACAGUUUCUUCUACUUCGACCAGGCUCAACUUACCACGGACUUGGAUCGAUUCUACCAUGACGCAGAGUCCACGCUGAGAUUCGAGGCGAGCUUCCUGUGCCUCGCCCUCGGUGUCUUUGCGCUAGGCAGCCAGUGGACUACGCUCAUCAAGCCCCAAGGCUGGCCUUCGGCUUCCAUGUCAAUAGAGGAGGACAUCGACCCUGGCAAGAUCUUCUACAGCACAGCCCGGCCCCUUCUGGGUGAUAUCAUGGACUCGACAUCUAUCCGCUCGAUCCAGGCGGCAUAUGUCCUGAGUGUUUACCUCGUGCCAGCCAGUGCAAUCGGACCCUCUUACGUGUACAUGGGCCUAGCGCUACGAAAAGCCAUAGCCCUAGAGAUGCACCAGGAUAAGUCAGAUGCAGUUGUUGGAGAACGCGAGGCGGAGAUCAGCCGACGACUGUGGUGGUCAAUAUACUCACUCGAGAGGCAUGGUUUCUUAGUCACACCCUUGCAUGGCACAAAGGUGUUUGCUAACUCUAAGUAUAGAACGGUCACCAUCAAACUCAAUCGCCCAUCCUCUAUAAGCCAAGAUACCAUAACAGCGCAGCUCCCACGACCGUGUGCUGAAAUAGACUCGAAACAGAAAUUCGACAACCUUCAGCUUCAAAUUGCCAACGCUCGUCUCGUAAAGAUCCUUGAUAGGCUCCUGGAAUCAACCCCAUUAUCCACUGAGCGACAAAAAUGGUAUGAGACCGAGUUGAAGAACUGGAAACGAUCCCUCCCUCCAUCUACGAGGCUAGAUAGCGUCCACCCGCGAUCUUCCGAGUACCGGGCUGUAGUUCAUCUGUACCUGAACUACUAUUUUGCGUCGAUAGCUCUUGGCAAAGUGUCUGUUGUCGCAGCAGUCCGGUCACAUCUUCAGUCAGCCCUGCGCCCCUCCCAAGACGCCAUACCGGCCGCGGAACCUCUCGACCCUCUCUGCCGCUUGUGUAUUAGGUCAGCCAAGAAAAUGCUCCAGCUUUUCGAAGGAUUAACCUGCACCGAUAAUCUCACUAGAUUUUCCUUCACCGAUUUCCAAGGCUGCAGCAUUGCUACCGUUAUCCUUCUACUUGGUGGGAUCAUCGAUGGGGAGGAGGGGGACUGUAACUCUAAGGCUGUCUUUGGUCUUGAGUGCCUGCGUCGCAUGACUGGAGGCAAUGCAACAGCAAUGAUGGGUGUUCGCUUUGUCGAAGCCCUGCAGUUCAUCACUAUUGAGGCAGCUGCCAAGCUGGCGGCCUCACGGAAUGCCGACCAUCCUAGUGUCCAGCGCCCUUCCGCUUCCGACCCCGCUGACUACGCCCAAUGGACCGAAUGGCUCACAAAAGCGACAGAUGAUGAGCUUCAACAGGCUAUCAUCCCCAGUCGGUCAAGAACGCCGUGCGGCGGCGGCCCCACGAUGGUCAUGCUCAGGAAUGCGCAGUCGAGCUUCAACGAAGGGAGUCCAGAGCGGUCGAACCUAGCUAGCAGUACGACCUCUGAGUGGAAGCAGAAUCCUGGUGCACGACAAGUGGAGGCGUCGCUUCAGUAUCCCAUCCAUGUGGAUGAGUCUCAGGCGUGGCAGACCGCGGCACACGACGAUCCGAUGUUGGCGCACGACUUCCAAUCGACCCUGAACAACGACGAACAUUUAUAUCUCAUGGGAUUAACCGGACUUGACGUAUUGAAUUUUGACUUUGAUAUGAGUAAACCUGGUGGUUUCUUUUAA